UUCUCGGCGGCAUAUCUAUCUAGUUCUUGGUGGUAUUAUAUUGGUUUGUGGGUUUGCCAGCUUCCUGGUCCUGCAAGGCUUUCGUGUGGUUCUUGGAUUCUUGCUUGUGCUAGCUGGGGUUUUCUUGGUCUCUAGUCAGUUUUGUUGUCUUCCUUGGUUGUUUAUUGUCUGCGGUCCAACUGGGUUUCCUUUUGCUUCCUUGUGUGCGAGGGUAAGGCUUGGCGGAGAACUCCAAAAUGGAUACCUUUACUGUUCGGUUCGAUGGUAAAAAUUUCGCCUUGUGGGAAUUCCAAUUCCGACUAUUCGUUCAAGGGCGUCGACUGUCUGCAAUUCUUGAUGGGACUGCUGCUGAGCCUGGUGAGACUGCUACUGCAAAGGUGAAGGAAGAUUGGGCAGUUAAUAAUGCCCAAGUUAUGGGAUGGAUCCUGGGAUCGGUUGAUCCCUCAAUUGCUCUUAGUUUACGCAGCUUCACCACUGCUCACGCCAUGUGGAGUCAUCUGACGGCUUUUCAUUCUCAAUCCAGUGCUUCUCGAAAGUUUGAUGUGGAGCUGGAUAUUGCUCGGUUACAUCAGGGGGACAUGGAUAUUCUCUCCUACUAUCAAGAGGCUGUUACUUUGUGGACCGAACAUGAUAUGUUAACUAUGUCAUUGAUUUCUGCUGCUGCAUCUGCAGAGGUUCAACAGGAACGUACAAGCUCUCGUCUUAUGCAUUUUUUGAUGAAAUUACGUCCUGAAUUUGAGAGUAUUCGUUCAUCUUUGCUUCACCGCAAUGUGACCUAGCUAGAAGAUGUAUUGAGUGAGUUGAUCAGGGAGGAAACACGUCUCCGCAGUCAGGCUAAACUUGAC